AUGGCCGACACUUCUGCUCCAGGCCGGCCCGGCAACCUCACUCCGGAGCAGGAGAUCAAGCUCAAAGAGAUGUGGACAUUGAUGCACAACCUUUUCGGUAUACAUGGUGAUGCGGAUUCGCAAGCCACCCCUGCUGCUACAACAGAUGCUACCGCUUCCUCUCCCGCUCCUACAGAAAAGAAGAAGUCACGGUUCAGCAUAUGGGGCCGCAGCAAAGAACCUGAGCCUGCCCCCAAGCCCUCAACCGCUGGUGGCGUCGAUCUGACGUCCAUCGAGGCCGACGAUAAGUACGGCCUCAGCAAGGACUUCAAGGAGACCUUGGCGACUCUGUCCAAGGAAGAGAUUCGCGACUCGUUCUGGAAGAUGACCAAGCACGACCACCCCGACGCCGUGCUCCUCCGCUUCCUCCGCGCCCGCAAGUGGGACGUCAAUGCUGCGCUCGUCAUGGGUGUGUCGACGCUCAAAUGGCGUCUCAAAACAUACAAGCUCGACGAUGUGCUCCUGGCCGGCGGUGAGCCGGCUGAGGUUGUGCGGUCCGAGAGCUCCGAUCCCAAGGAAAAGAAGGAUGGAAAUGAUUAUAUCCAACAAUGGGAGAUGGGAAAGAGCUUCAUCCACGGUGUUGACUCCGAGGAACGACCAAUCUGCUACGUCCGCGUGCGGCUGCAUCAUGGUGGCGAGCAAGGUGUUGACCCGCUGGAGAAAUAUAUCGUGCACACAAUUGAGACUGCGCGUUUCAUGCUAAGGCCGCCCGUCGAUACUGCCACUCUCGUAUUCGACAUGACGGGCUUCUCGCUAGCCAACAUGGACUACACACCUGUCAAGUUCAUGAUCAAGUGCUUCGAAGCCAACUACCCCGAGUCUCUCGGUCUCAUCCUCAUCCACAACGCACCAUGGGUGUUCCAAGGUGUAUGGAAGAUCAUCAAGGGCUGGAUGGACCCUGUCGUAUCCAGCAAAGUAAACUUCACCUCGGGUGUCGAGGGCAUGUCCGAAUUCAUCCCCGUCGACCAGAUCCCCAAAGAGCUCGGCGGCGACGAAGACUGGGAAUACAAAUACGUCAAGCCCACGGCAAACGAGAACGAGAAGCUGUCCGACACCGCCACCCGUGACAAGAUCCAAGCCGAGCGCAAGACCAUCUCCGACAAGUUCGAAGACGCCACCAUGCGCUGGAUCAAGGGUGACGAGGCCGCCAAAGCCGAGCGCACACAGCUGGCCCUGGAGCUGAAGAAGAACUACUGGGAUCUGGACCCAUACAUUCGCGCACGCACAUUUUACGACGCACCUAGGAGCUGCAUCAUCAACCCAGGCGGCAUAGUCGACUACUACCCGAGCGAGAAGACGGCUGAGGCAGCGGCGGCGCCAUCAGCAACAUCAGAUGCAGUCAACGGCGAGCUCGCGCAGAAGCUCGACGAGAAGGCCGUAGUAACGCAGACAACGCCAGCGAACGGGACCGUGGCAACAUAA